AUGGAUCUGCGUCAAUAUGUUAUGUACAGCAACGGUUUAGGAAAACCAGAACCUUCUGCUAUGUUGCCAAUACCGGAGGAAAAUGAUGAAAACCUGAUUGAAGGAACCGCCAGAGCAGAUGUCUUUAAUUUUAUUGAUGAAAGUGAUGAAGAGGACGAUUUGCAAGAGGAAGAGAGGCCAAAGAAGAGGAAGAAGGCAACUGCUGUACAGAAAAGGCAGAAAUGGACAAAGGGAGAAGAAAAAGAGCUUCAAGAAUUGCUUCGGAAAAAUUUCAGGGAUGUUAAAUGUCCUUCACAGGCAGAAUGUGAAAAUGCGCGAAAGGUCAGUCAAAAAUCCGGCGGACUUAUCUGGAAAAGACCGAGAGACAAUAUUAAAAAAAAGGUUUCAAAUAUGUUGAAAAAGUUGUAAACAAUCUUUGAUGCAUACUCUUUAGUUUACGACUGUUCAGUUCUAUUGCUUUUGGAAAUUUUAAGUGGGACGUGUCUUUGAACUUGUCUAUUCAAAGAAAAGCAGCAUAUAGAGUUUGGUUGUGAAGGACUUCAGCGUUAAUAUCACCAUGAAUGUUGUUCUUCAAGCACACUGUAUUGUGCCUUAUGCCAAGCGCUGUGUUAGGACAUUUUAAGCAGGUCAUACUGACUUUUACCAGGAAUGUUGUUUAUUAAGAUUGAUACCAGAAUGUUUAGAAUUUUUCAAAUGGGACUUUUAAUCUCUUUAGUCGAGUGUUCAUUGGGCACAUUGUUUUAGGACUUUCUAAAAUGGAUAUGUUUACUUUUUAGCUCGACUAUUCGAAGAAUAGUCUAGCUAUUCUACUCACCCUGGCGUCGGCGUCGGCGUCACACCUUGGUUAAGUUUUUGCAUGCAAGUACAUACAGCUAUCAUUUAAAGGCAUAUAGCUUUGAAACUUCUUUAUUCUUUUUCUAGGUCAAUUACCAACCUCACUGGGUCAAGUUCCAUAACUCUAACAUGUAUUUUGAGCAAAUUAUGCCCCCUUUUGGACUUAGAAAAUUCUGGUUAAAGUUUUACAUGCAAGUUACUAUCUCCAAAACUAAUGCAGAUAUUGAAUUGAAACUUCACAUGUGUCUUUGGGGUUAUAAAACUAGUUGAUAGCACCAAGUCCCAUAACUCUGACCUUCAUUUUGGCCAAAUUAUGCCCCCUUUUGGACUUAGAAAAUUCUGGUUAAAGUUUUGCGUGCAAGUACAUACAGCUAUUACUAAAAGGCAUAUAGAUUUGAAACUAAUUUUUUCUUUUUCUAGAUCAAUUACCUACCUCACUGGGUCAAGUCCCAUAACUCUGACAUGUAUUUUGGGCAAAUUAUGCCCCCUUUUGGACUUAGAAAUUCUGGUUAAAGUUUUGCGUGCAAGUACAUACAGCUAUUACUAAAAGGCAUAUAUAUUUUGAAACUUAUUUUUUCUUUUUCUAGAUCAAUUACCUACCUCACUGGGUCAAGUCCCAUAACUCUGACAUGUAUUUUGGGCAAAUUAUGCCCCCUUUUGGACUUAGAAAUUCUGGUUAAAGUUUUGCGUGCAAGUACAUACAGCUAUUACUAAAAGGCAUAUAUAUUUGAAACUUAUUUUUUCUUUUUCUAAAUCAAUUACCUACCUCACUGGGUCAAGUCCCAUAACUCUGACAUGUAUUUUGGGCAAAUUAUGCCCCCUUUUGGACUUAGAAAAUCCUGGUUAAAGUUUUACAUGCAAGUUACUAUCUCCAAAACUAAUGCAGAUAUUGAAUUGAAACUUCACAUGUGUCUUCGGGGUUAUAAAACUAGUUGAUAGAAUCAAGUCCCAUAACUCUGACAUGUAUUUUGGGCAAAUUAUCCCUCCUUUUGGACUUAGAAAAUCCUGGUUAAAGUUUUGCGUGCAAGUACAUACAGCUAUCAUUUAAAGGCAUAUAGCUUUGAAACUUAUUUAUUCUUUUUCUAGGCCAAUUACCAAGCUCACUGGGUCAAGUUCCAUAACUCUAACUUGUAUUUUGAGCAAAUUAUGCCCCCUUUUGGACUUAGAAAAUUCUGGUUAAAGUUUUACAUGCAAGUUACUAUCUCCAAAAUUAAUGCAGAUUAUGGAAUUGAAACUUAACAUGUUUCUUCGGGGUUAUAAAACUAGUUGAUAGCAUCAAGUCCCAUAACUCUGAUAUGCAUUUUGGUCAAAUUAUGUCCCCUUUCGAACUUAAAACUCUUUUGAUAUUUAACAUUUUGGGUAAUAAUUUCCUGCUUCUGUGACAAUAUUUCGAAUAGUCGAGCUUGGCUGUCUUACGGACAGCUCUUGUUUAAAUGACUUCUUUUACUUUUUAAAUUGUUAAUUUCAGGAGGCACAUAUAAGCCAGACUUUCUACUUUUUAAAUUGUUAAGGCCUAAAGCAAAUAAGGGUACAUUUUAGUGAAGCAAAAAAUAAAGUUAGUA